AUGGGUGGGAUUGGAAAGACCACCCUUGCUCAGCUCUUGUACAAUGAUGCAAGUGUGAAACAACAUUUUGAUCUCCACGCAUGGGUUUGUGUUUCGGAGAAUUUCUAUGUUGUUAGAAUAACACAAAAAAUUUAUGGGUAUGUUACUUCAAGCAAUUGUGCCAUCACAGAUUUAAAUCUUUUCCAAGUUAUUCUCAAGGAGGCUUUGAUGGGGAAGAAGUUUCUCAUUGUUCUUGAUGAUGUAUGGAACGAGAAUUAUAUCCAUUGGGAUGUCUUGAAAUGUCCCUUCGAGUUUGGGGUGCAUGGAAGUAGGAAUGUCACAACAAGAAAUGAAGGUGUAGGAUCUAUGAUGGGUACUCUUCCAACUCAUUAUCUAACACAAAUAUCUGAAGAGGAUUGUCUGUCCUUAUUCACAAAACAUGCCUUUAGAAAUUCAGAUCUUAGUGCGUAUCCGAAUCUAUAAGUAAUUGGGAAACAAAUUGCUAAGAAGUGUAAAGGUCUUCCUUUGGCUGCAAAAUCACUAGGUGGACUUUUGUGCUCCAGAUUGAAUUUGGAAGACUGGAGAAGGUCCGGAAGAGUGAUGGAACUUGCGGAUAAAGGGAGUACCAUUUUGCCUGCUUUAUGGCUAAGCUUUUACUAUUUGCUUCCACAACUCGAGCGUUGUUUUGCUUAUUGUUCAGUAUUUCCCGAGGGUUAUGUAUUUGAAAGAUCAGAACUGAUGUUUUUGUGGAUGGCUAAAGAUCUGUUACAAACCAAAAACAAGAGAACAGUGGAAGAAAUUAGAGAUGAGUACUUUAAAUAG